AUGAACGCACAACCCUUCACUGCGGCCUCCGAUUUGCCGCCGCCGCCGCCGCCAUCGCCGUUACCACCACCACCUGCCUUUGCGCGCGGUGGGUAUCAUUCGAACGGCGUACGUGGCAGCGGGAGGUUGAAACACAACCGCCGACAUCACCGCUUCUCCGACAAGAACGUUGUCGAUCUCUGCCGCCUUGACAGAAGCAGCAGCAGCACCAACGACAACAACACCAGGAGUAAUAGGAAUAGCAACAGUCAUAGUAUUAGUAGGAACAGUAAUAGGAAGAAUGGCGGUGACGGCACCCCGAGAGGGUGUAUCCGUGCACCGCACAGUAGUCAACCACCAACACCAGCACAAAAAGAACAACAACAAUGCCCAUCCACGCACGGUAGCUCAUCCAGUUUGUUGAGUAGUUGCACUACUGUACCACCUUAUUCUUCUUUGGGAAAAAUCUCUUCAUUUUCGACGUGUGGCCGUGAGCCACCGACAAAAAUUCUUGACUUUCUUUACAUUGGGGGUGUGCGUGAUGCCACAAAUGCGGAAUUUUUGCGUCGAGAGAAUAUUGUAACUAUUCUUAAUGUAUCGCGUGAGGAAUAUUGGUCUGUUGAUCGCAGCAUUGUUAUUCAUCCAUUUGCGGUGGAUGACACCACCGAGGCAAACAUUCAGCAGUUUUUUCGCCCAACCCACGUACUCCUUGAGCAAGUCCGUAAAGCGUACUAUGAUGCGAAGCAACGUGGCGCGAGUGUUUGUCCCCGCGCUCUGGUACACUGCCAACGCGGGAAGAGCCGCUCCGUCACCAUUGUGCUCGCCUAUCUGAUCUACCGCAACGGCUGGACAGUAGCAGAGGCGCUGCAAUACGUCACACGCCGGCGGCCUCGCGUGGAACCAAAUUUGGGUUUUAUUGACGCGCUUCGGGCGUAUCAGGAGUCGAUGGACGUGGAGGAGCGAACGCGACGCUGUAGUUCACUCGGUCUUGCUGUGCGUAACCUUCCACGAGAUACGGCGUCGUCGUUUGUUCACAAGUUCUUUGAGGAUCAUGUUGGUUGUGUGCAAGAGGUGAUGAUGCAUUCCUCCCGACCGAACCAAAACCGUAACAUCGCCGUUCCCAAUACCAACGGCGUUGACCAGGGCAAGCGCGGCAACGACGACAAUGACCCUCCCGCCUCCUUCGGGCUUUCAGGCAGGAGGGACGGCAACAGCAGCAGCAGCAUCUCUGUCAAAACUUGCGGUAACGAUGCCGAUGGCAAUACGUUGUGCCUCGUUUUCUUCUCCGCGGCGGAGUGUGUGCGGCUGGCCAAACUGUUAUACAUGCGACGGCCUGAGCUCUUCAAUGUGCUCGGUGUCGUGGAUGGUAAAGAGUUGCGGCUCACGAUCCCCAGCAAACUGAUAAGACUGUCGAGAACAGCACACGCCCAUUGCGAUGAUGGUGACAACACCCGAAGCAAGAAGUCUUCUCAGGGGGAGGAGGACACGCCGAAGGGAAACGCGGAAAAAAACGACGCAGGGACAUAA